CUCCCGUUAUUCACAAACGAGCUUUCAUUAACAAAAUCCCUAAUUCCCUCUUUCUCCCUCCCGUUAUUCACCUGAGCUUUCACUCCCCAAAAUCCCUAAUUCCCUCUUUCUUCCUCCCGUUAUUCACCUGAGCUUUCACUCCCCAAAAUCCCUAAUUCCCUCUUUCUUCCUCCCGUUAUUCACAUUAGCUUUCUCUCCCCAAAAUCCCUAAUUCUCUCCCCAUCAAUCUCAGCUUCCCUCUUGGACUCAUUGACAUCGUUGCCCAAAUUGAUCGUCGUCGGUACAUCGCCCAAAUUUAUCGUCGUCAUCGGUACAUCACAGCUUCUCCAUCAUCGUCGAUACAUCCCAGCUUCCCUCCUGAAGGCACUAUUGUCGUCCCUCCCCUCCCGUCGAUACAUCGCAUCUACUGCUCCUUUAUUCUUGCUCUUCUUCAAGAUCUGCAUUUUCCAUUCUCCAGGAUGAGAGGACGAGGACGCGGAUCUUCAUCACGGGGUCGAGGAGACCAUGGCAGGGGUAGUGUCCACACAACUGAAUCAGAAAAUGUCAAUCAAGAUUUGGUACAACACACUGCUUUGAUUCCUAGACCAGACCAGGGUGAGAGAUCCACACCGGGUGCUGCAUCAUCCACUCCUGCUUCAGUGCACACAUCUGCUACUGCCUCAGCACCCAUAGGUUUGCCACCUAUUGCAUCUACGGCUACAUCUGCAUCUGCUUCUGGUAGUUGUGCACCUACAGGGCUCAGACCACAUAUUCACUUAGUAAAUUCAGUCAUGCAGCCUUUUGAUCCGAUUGCUAGGCGGAUUACCUUGAUCUUCAAGGAAAAGUUAGUAGCAGAUGACUUUUGUUGGAAGAAUGUACCAGAAGAGGUUAAAGAAUUCUAUUGGCAAGAAUUUAAGAAACACUUCUUAUGGGAGGAGGCAAUAGAACAACUGAUGAAGAUAGCUUGGAGGAAGAAAGCUGCCAAGCGAUAUCGUAGCCUUAUGUGUAGCGUAAGGAAUGGGAAGGAGAAGAGACUAUCACUGACAGAAGGAGUAAUGGAUGCAUGGCAAUCCGCUUGGGGAGCAACUGAGUAUAAAGAGAAAUGCAAAAAAUUCUCAAAUAACAGAAAGAGUGAAACAGGUGGGCAAGGCGCUGGCCCAUCAAGACAUUGUGGAGGAUCCAUAUCUCAGUAUAGGCAUCAACAACAGAUGCGCGAAAGACUAGGCAGAGAUCCUCUACCUCAUGAGUUAUUUGAGGCUACGCAUAAGAAGAAGGGUUCCUCAGAGUUUGUUGAUGCAUGCUCAAAGUCCAUUCAUGAUCGCUUUCUGACUUUGAAAGAGCAAGCAUCACAGACAGAUAAUGACAGUAGUCAGGCAUCCCGCGUUGAUGAGGCUCAGUUAUACUUUGAGGCAGUAGGUGGAGAGAAAAAAAGAAGGGUGUACGGUCUUGGAUCACAGGCUUCAGUUUUCUUCCCAAACAAGACUUCUGCUAAUACAUCCUUCACAUCAGCUCAGCAAAAUCAGGAUCUUCAAGAUGAAAUGGCUGAUCUCAGACGCAAGCUACAGGAGCGUGAGGAUAAUGAACAAGCAUUGAUUGAGCAAAAUGUGCGGAUUACCUCUGAGCUCUCACAGGUGAAGGAUUUACUUAUGCAGCUUGUGAGUGAAAGACAAGGCAACCAGCCUUCAGCUCCCGGUGAGGGAACUUCUGCACAGCCUGCACAGCCUGCACAGCCUCCUGAUCAAGCAGAUGAAACAAAUGAUGAGGACGAGGACGAGAACACUACACAUUUAUAGUUUCUUUUUUCAUUACACAUAUGUACUAGGAUAAUAAAGAAUUUGUUAAUUUUUUUAGUUUAAAAUUGAACAGCUGGAUGUUUGGAUAUAUGUUUGAUUUGAUUUACAUAAUAUAUGAUAUUGGAUUUGAGUUCA